GGCUCCAGCGCGUUGGUGGCUGUAAGUGAUGGAUCGCAACCCCUCGCCGCCGCCGCCGCCGAGUUGGAAUGAGGACCAGGAGGAGGAGGUGGCUGGAGGAGACUGCAUAGGGAGCACGGUCUACAGCAAGCAUUGGCUCUUCGGCGUCCUCAGCGGGCUCAUCCAGAUUGUUAGCCCUGAAAACACCAAAUCCAGCUCAGAUGAUGAUGAGGAGCAGCAGAUGGAGCUUGAUGAAGAAAUGGAGAAUGAAAUUUGCAGAGUAUGGGAUAUGUCAAUGGAUGAGGAUGUGGCUUUAUUUCUCCAAGAAUUUAAUGCUCCUGACAUAUUUAUGGGAGUAUUAGCCAAAUCCAAAUGUCCUCGAUUAAGGGAAAUCUGUGUGGGAAUUUUAGGUAAUAUGUCCUGUUUCCAGGAGAUAUGUGUGUCCAUCAGCAGUGAUAAAAAUCUUGGCCAGGUAAUACUGCGCUGUUUGUAUGAUUCAGACCCUCCUACUCUGCUGGAAACAAGCAGGUUGUUGCUUACUUGCCUUUCCCAGACAGAAGUGGCCAGUGUCUGGGUUGAAAGAAUCCGGGAACAUCCAGCUAUUUAUGAUAGCAUUUGCUUCAUCAUGUCAAGUUCAACAAAUGUUGACUUGCUAAUGAAGGUCGGGGAGGUUGUGGACAAGCUGUUUGAUUUGGAUGAGAAGCUAAUGUUGGAGUGGAUUAGAAAUGGGGCUGCUCAGCCUCUGGACCAAGCCCAGGAAGAGUCUGAAGAGCAGCGAGUGUUCAGAAUCGUGCCCUGCGUACUUGAAGCUGCCAAACAAGUACGCUUCACGUCACCAUAUUUGGUAGGUCUUCCUCUAAUUGACAGCCUGAUUCGUGUCUUACAAAAUAUGGAACAUUGUCAGAAGAAACCAGAGAACUCAGCAGAGUCUAACACAGAGGAAACUAAAAAAUCUGAUUUAACCCAAGAUGAUUUCCACUUGAAAAUCUUAAAGGAUACUUCGAGUGAAUUUCUUUCUAAUAUCUUUCAGACAUUAACAAAGGACACUGUGGCUAAGGGACUAAAGGAGGGCCAUUUAAGCAAGCAGAAGUGUUCCUGUGCAUUUCAAAAUCUUCUUCCUUUCUAUAGCCCUGUGGUGGAAGACUUUCUCAAAAUCCUACAUGAAGUUGAUAAGACCCUUGCUGGUGACCUGGAAGAAAGCUUCCCAAGUUUAAAGGUUCAGACUUAAAAACUGAAUUGUAAUUCCCUCUGCCCCAGAAAUAAACUUUAUUUUUUUUAACUGAA